GUGAGUUGUGAGCACCAUCUGCCGCAGCCUACGCGAGCCUGCCGAAAAUUUUGGACACCACAACUUUCGUCAACGACUGAGAAAAUUUAACGAAACUCCCAGAUUUUGUGAGGAAAACGAACAUCAAAAGAAAUUCCCGCCAUGGCUAGCGCAGCAAUACACUCUCUCCAGGCUUUCCGCGUGAGUGUCAGAGUGCCGCUUCUGUACGGUUCCACUGUUCUUCGCCAAUUUGCCACAAAAAUGUCUGGACUCCCCAGGGUAUUCUUUGAUAUCUCUGCCGACGGUGCCCCCGUUGGCAGGAUUAUCAUGGAGCUCCGCUCUGAUGUGGUGCCCAAGACUGCCGAGAACUUCCGUGCCCUGUGCACCGGCGAGAAGGGCUUUGGAUACAAAGGCAGCACGUUCCACCGUGUCAUCCCCAACUUCAUGUGCCAGGGUGGCGACUUCACAAACCACAAUGGCACUGGUGGCAAGUCCAUCUAUGGCAACAAGUUUGAAGAUGAGAACUUCACUCUGAAGCACACCGGCCCAGGAAUUUUGUCCAUGGCCAAUGCUGGCGCCAACACCAACGGCUCCCAGUUCUUCCUUACCACCGUCAAGACUUCCUGGCUGGACAACCGUCAUGUGGUGUUCGGCGCUGUUGUUGAGGGCAUGGAUGUUGUCAAGAAGGUUGAGUCUUAUGGUUCACAGCACGGCAAGACAAGCAAGAAGAUUGUCGUUGACAACAGUGGCCAGCUCAGCUAAAUUGAUUCUGUCACAAAUGUUUCUUUAUAUCAAUUAUGAGCACCACCUCUUUUCACCUGAUUAGCUGCAAGGUCCCCCUUUUAGAGUAUUUCUGUUUUCUGCGUUUCUCUUUUUUAUCAGUUUGCUGAACGGGCGACCAGAAGCAUUCCUUAUCAUUUUUUUACUGAUCAGUCGAAUGUUAAAUCUAUCUUCACAAUGUGAACGGCAAAGUAAUACGCAACCUUGUAUU